UUCCCCAUGAGCAGCACAUAGCCUUAUGAACAAGACAUUUAUUUCACACUUUAAAGCAAUUAGAUUGCAAUUUAAUCUUGAGUUAUGCUUCCUCUGGAAGAGUUUUUGUCACGAAGUUGUGAUAAGUGUGGCACGUUGCACUGCAUGUCCCCUUUAAAAUGACCGUCACAUCAAUUUCUCGCGGCAUCUGCAGUGGGUAAUCUCGCGUUAGCAGCACGCCGCAGUAGAACGCCAUCUGAUUGGACGAAAGGGGUGUAGUUGUAAGAUGGCGCCCAGUGAAAUCUGACUGCAAAAUAAAAGGGAAAAUAAUAGACGAAAUAGCAAGAAACAAGAAAAAAUCCAAGUCUAAAAGAUCACAGAGACAUCUUGUAUCUCUCAUAUGUACAAGAAAAACGCUGCUACUGGCUUGUGGAGCUGCUUUUCUGGGCGGAUAGAGAGAGUGGAGUUGGUCGGCCUGGGAGAAGAGAGGUAAAGGCCUGGGAGAAGAGAGGUAAAGGCGAGGAGGGGAGUGGAGCGUACUAACGUUAGUAUACUGUUACUGAACUAAACACGUCUUAUACUGACGUUCUUCUAUUCACCACAUUAUCUAUUUUGUGCUUUCAUUAACAUGGCGUAUUUUAUUUGCUCAAGAGCUGCAUAUUCUGUUUGUUUAGUAGACAGGUAUGGAGGAGGGAACUCCACGGGAACGAGCAAAAUACCGUAGUCAGCUAAUGCUAGCUAGCUUGUAACGUUAGCAGCUAGCUACAGUAGCAGAUUUACAACACCAGUAACUCUCCUUUAGUUACAGUAGCAAAUGUACACUUGGCAUUUGUUCAGUAUCUAUGAACAAUUACUUAAUUCACACCCAGUCAAAUGUGAGAUUUGUUCCAUCUUUGUUCGGUGUUCUCACAACCGAACUGCUCGAGCGAAGAACCAAGACCUACCUGGUGAGCCCCCGCCCUGACCUCGACUGUCACGGAACAGUUUUUAUUGUUCCGAAUUCCGAGUAGAUGAUGAUGAUGAUGAUGAUUUCAUUCUUCUGAUUUGAGACACAACGCUUUUGCAGCACCCUCCGAAUCCUGACACCCCAGGCCAGCAGAAUUAACCUUUAGCUUCUGUCAGAUGUAAAACAUUCCUGCCUUCAAACACUGUCAUAGCCCUGGCGGGACAGAACGGAGGAUUUGGCCUACUACUACCGACCGUGAUUGGACGGCCACAAAAGUUUCCCCCUUCCUUGUCUGUCAGCAAAUAUUCUUGUCCUAAAACGUUAUUUUCCUGCCAAAACUAAUGCAUGUUUCUUUUUUUUUUGUGACCGACAACUUUAGUAGUGUACCACAACCCUAUUAACGUAGUCAUUGUAACUUAAAGGACAAUUCAACCUCAUUUUAAUUAUCUACAGCACCUUACCAGUUUCUAAAUAUGUGAAAACUGUAAAUUUCUAUGAUCAGUGGAUAAAAAGAUAAGGUCCUAAAAAAAUGCUUCUCUGUGACAUCACAGGGUAGGAUUAAAAGUAAGAAACGGAUUUUGAAAACCUGCAACAACUUUGUAGCCAGAGGGAGGCUAUUUUCUUGCUCCCCAUGUCACCGUGAAUAUCAUAGUUUGAAAAUCACAGUUAACAUUUUUUUUUGUGGCUUUUGAUGUCAUCGGGUAGAACUCUUAAAUUUUAUUUAUUUAUAUAAAAUGUAGAAAUGCGCUUUUUUCACAUAUGUAGACACUGGUAUUGUGCUGGAGAUAAUGAAAAUGAGGUUGAAAAGUGGUGGAAUUGCCCUUUAAGCCUUCAUGACAGUAAGUAAAUAACUGCAGGUUUAUGGUAAAUGACUAACUGACAUGCAUCUUGUCUAUGUCCACACAGGCACACCAUCCUAUCCCCUGUAGAAGAGUAGCGUUGGGCUGUGAUGAAUAACAUGGAGGGUUCGGGGGGCUCGUUUGAGGAUCUGGUGAGGCUGAAGGCCCGCAGUGUCCCCCAGCAUCGGAUGAAGGAGUUCCUGGAGUCCCUGGCCAACAAGGGCCCCGAGGCACUGCAAGAGUUCAACCAUCAGGGCGGCGCAGCCGCCACAACCACUACCACCACCACAGUGUACCAGCAGGGAGCCAACUGCAUAUACACAGACAGCACCGAGGUGGCUGGGUCACUGCUGGAACUGGCCUGUCCGGUAAGAGACAGCGAGAGGGAAAGAGAAGGUUGAGUUUGUGAAAGACAAGAUGGAUUUGAUCACAUGGUCCAUAUUAUAAUAAAAACCACCUUGUGCUCUACCUUCAGCAACAGCAGGUACAGGUGUCCCAGCAGCAGGUGAUGGCAGCAGAGCAGCAGCUCUCACCCCAUAUGACCACAGCCAUGCACCAAGGCCAAGACAUAAUACAGGUCAGUAGUCUUUUUCUCUCAUCUAAUCAUUCUGUCUGUCUCUGUCCCUGCCACUCUCCUAAAAAUGAGUGCCAAUUAUUGCUGAGAGCCUAUGACUAUCCUGGUUAACCGAAAAGUAUAUGGAAAAGAUUAAUACUGACACCAGACACCCCCUCUUUCCCCAUCUCCUGUAGGUGCAGAUUGGGGGGCAACAUCAGGGCCAGGUGGUUGGGGUGGGUGGCCAGGUGCUGCAGCUGCCCUCCUCCUCACAUCAACAGCUACAGGGGGUCACGACAGCCCAGCUAAUACAGUCUGGGGACCUGACGGAAGAACAGCACCAACAGGUACACACACACCAGUUGGUGUACACAUUUACCUAACAGAUCAUGUAUUUCAACAUCUCUCUCCCCCUCAUCUACCUCGCAGCUGCAGGCCCAGUUGAUGGCAGCGGUGGCUGGUGGUCAACAGAUCCAGAUCCAGACGGUGGGAGCUCUCUCCCCCUCCCAGCAGCAGGGCUCUCCCCGGGGGAACACCAUCCAGACCACCUCCCCCCUCCAGCCAGCCAAGAAGCGUAAGGUGGACAUGCCCAUCACAGUGUCGUAUGCCCUGCCUGGUCAGCAGCUGGCCACUGUACUAGCCAUCCCCCAGGGUCAGGGGCAGCAGCAGAGCUACGUAUCUCUGAGGCCAGACGUGUUGACUGUAGAUAGCAGCCACCUGUACAGCGCUACAGGUACCAUCACCAGCCCCACUGGAGAGACCUGGACCAUCCCAGUCUACUCUGCCCCACCUGGGUCACGCGAUCAGGGUGGCGUCACACACAUCGCCAUCCCCCAGGAAGCAUACAGCGCUGUGCAGGUUGGGGGGGGAACUACAACGACAAUGGCACACACUACGCCAACACAAGUUACGAUCGGCUCAGGUCAUGCAGUUUCCACGAUGACUGGGUCGUCGGGGGGUCAUGAAGAAGUGCAAUACCAGACAGUGGCGGCCAACUCUCUGUUCCCGGCCCAGUUCAUGCACGGGAACAUCCACAUCCCUGUGGCGGUGCAGGGGUAUGGCAACACCACCCAGUCGCUCAUCUGGGACCCCCAGCAGCAGGUGCUGCACACACAGGGAGGGGUGCAGGUCCAGGACGCACAGCAACUACAGGUCAAUUUAUUCAGCAGCUACAGAUAAUAAUUCUAAAAGCCCCAAACAUCUACAUCAAAAUUGAUAUAACUUUUAUAAUCUUGAUUACAUUUUUUUGUUUAGAGAUCUUAACUCGAAUGGCCUGGUCUCUUGCUGCUUUUUUUGCAUACUGAUACCCCUGGUGUGUGUGCGCAGGGUCAGACCAUGACAGUAGCAGAGAUGGAGGGCCAGGGGCAUACAGAGAUUAUGCUUUCCUGCUCUCUGAAGCCUGAGGAGGGGCUUGACGUGUGGAAGCUCUGGGCCCAGAGGAAGAAUGCCGAGCUGGACAAGGACGAGAUCAACAAACUAGCUCCCAUUGGCCGUAAGUACAUUCACACACCUUUUUUUAAUUGGGCAGUAUGUCUACCCCCUCGCUAGCCAGCUCCCCAUUGACUGUUAAUACUUUUGUGUGUGUGUGUGUGUAGGCCGGCAGGCGCUGAGGUUCCAGGAGGACCUGGUGUCGUGUGCGGUUGCUGAGCUCAGUGUGGGGCUGUCUCACAUGUGCCAGGAGGCCCGAGGGCUGGAGGGAGAGACUUAUGGGGCUGACGUUCUCUACUAUGUCUUCCUCUGCAUACAGAAGGUGCCCCAUACACACAGGAAUAUAGUAACUAUAAUGGAAGCUACUGCAUAUUCUAACUAAAUAUAUUUUUACUCUCUUGUCUUUCCUGUCUUUCCUGUCUUUCUCUGUGUAGUAUCUGGUUGAUAAUGGUCGUGUGGAUGACGUGUUCUCAGACCCGUACUACGGGCGCUUCUCCCAGUGUCUGCAUCGGAUACUUGAGCCAUGGAGGCCAAGCGUCCAUCCACUAGGUAAGAACAGAAAUCGGUAUAGUCAAUUAGAGCCCAACCAUACACAUUGUACAUAUCACCUGCAUGAAUUAGUGAUGAAUAAAACAUGUCAGGUGUUUCAUGUUUUUUGCUGUGUUUUAUGACUUCCUGGCCCAGGUUACCUCAUUGCCAGUCAGGUGACGGAGGAGAUGCUGUGGGAGUGUAAACAGCUGGGUGCCCAUUCCCCUGCAACGCUACUGACCACGCUGAUGUUCUUCAACACCAAGUGAGUUAGUUACACACACACACACACACACACACACACACACACACACACACACACACACACACACACAAUGCAUGUAUCUAACACCUCUUUGUCCUCCCUAGGUACUUCCAGCUGAAGACGGUGGAGCAGCAUCUGAAGCUCGCCUUCUCCAAAGUCCUGAGACACACCAGGAAGAGCCCCAACAACCCCAAAGACAAGUGCACCAGCAUCCGCUACCUAAAGCCUGUUGGCCAGCACCAGAUAGGACAGAAAGGUGAGAGGUCACCAAGCCCCAGGGCAGGAGAGCCAGGGGUCAAAUGCUGUACAUGGCUCUUUGUGACAUUUCGAGUCAUGGUGUUAACCUCUAACCUCUCUCCCGCAGUGACAGAUGACAUGUAUGCAGAGCAGUUGGAGCAUCCAGAGAACCCUCUACGCUGCCCCAUCAAGCUCUACGACUUCUACCUCUUCAAAUGGUGAGUUGAGGGGCAAAGCGUAAGGGUGGGAAGGAGACAAUUGAAGGGUACAUAAUGCCUCUGAAUCUAGCCUGGUAUUUGUAGAAGAACACUAAUAUACAGCUAGGGGUGUGAACGUUAAAACAUUUUAAACGAAAUUGAAUCAUUGACAUUAAGAACAAAUCCCUAACCGAAUAAAUUAAAAUCACAAUGCAGUUAUCACAAAACUACCACUAACAGGUCCCAUCGUAAAGGGAUUUUAAAAAACAACAACAAUGCUGUGACGUUAAGAGAGGAUAUGCAUAUUUCAAAUUAUAUUCGAUGGAUAUAAAGCGCUCCGCAUGUCAUUGUCCUUAACAGUUGGAAAAGAACGUGCUGAUUACAGAAAUUGCAGUUGAUAUGCAGACAUUGCCAAUGGCCUACUUGAGUUGAGGUAAUUUGCUAAAUGAAGGGUUGCAUGCACCAUUUGAGCCGCGACUCUUACUACUGAAACAGGUGUGUCUUUCUCAUCAAUGUCACUGUUCAACAUUUACUCCCGUUUCAACAUGUUAUUCCCUUUAUAAUGGGAGUUGAGACAUAGAUUUAACAGCAUUAGAACGUUUAAAAAUUAUUCUCCUUUUAACCAGUACAUGGAAGGCCCUAAAAAUGAUCCUGACACGUAAGUCAGACUGUUCUCUCUGCUACCGCACAGCAACCGGUGCCUAUGCAAGUCUGGAACCAACAGGAGCCUGAACAGCUUCUACCCCCAAGCCAUAAGACUGAUAAAUAGUUAACCAAUAGCUACCCCGACUACUGCGGUAGAACUUCAUUGCCCCUAGCAGUCAUACCACUCAAUAGGAUUUCCCAUUUUAUAUUUGAUGAAUUGUUUUGAAUGUUAAACCGAUAAAUGGCAGUUUAAACGUUAAGGAUUUUUUUCCAUUUGUCACAUAAUACUAACCUCUCUCUCAGUCCACAGAGUGCUAAAGGCCGUAACGACGCCUUCUACCUGAACCCUGAACCCGUGGUGGCGCCCAACAGCCCCCUGUGGUACUCCACCCAGCCAAUCAACAGAGAGCAGAUGGAGCACAUCCUUGCUCGCUGCCUCAUA